CAGGAACAAAUUAUCAUUUUCUUCUUUCUACAAAAUCAGGUGGACGACUUGGUACUUUCCUUCAUCCUUCCCUUCUUGUUCCUCUGAUUCAGACUCAGAGGACCUUCUCAAAGCUUUUACUUCUUUCAAUCUUCAAUACCUUCCAUUGUAAACUCUUUCUUUCAAUCUUCAGUUCAUAGCUUCUCCUCUCAUUACUCACUCUUUGCAAUGGACAUUGUGACUGCUGUUGGAGGCUCUAUCCUCUCCGUUUGCUUUCAGGGGCUCCUCCACAGGUUGAACUCCAUUGACUUUAUGAAAUAUAUAGGCCAAGGGCAAGUCUUGACUCAACUCAAGAAGUGGGAGAAGAUGCUCAAGAGAAUUCAUGCGGUGCUUGAAGAUGCAGAAGAGAAGCAGACGGCAAAUCGAUUGGUGGAGAUCUGGUUAAGCGAUCUUAGAGACUUGGCUUACGACCUGGAGGAUAUCAUUGAUGAACUUGCCACGGAGGUUCAGCGACACAACUUGGAAGACAAAUCUGUUCGUACAAAUAAUAAGGUGCAAAAUUGUUUCUCUAUCAUGUGUAAUGGGGUGAAUGUAAAUCUAAGUACUGUUAAGUUUAAUGCUGAGAUGGUUUCUAAGAUAGAGAAAGCUGGUGCUAGAUUAGAUGAGAUCAUAAAGCAAAAAGAUGAACUCCGUUUAGCAGAGUAUACUAGAAGGAGGGUCAGCCAUGUGACGGAAAGACCGCCCUCAACCUCUUUGGUCAAUGAAGCGAAGGUUUAUGGUAGGGAGGAAGAUAAGAAGGCGAUGCUGAAAUUGUUGAAUGCUGAGACAAAUGAUGCGGAGGUCUCUGUGAUUCCUAUAAUUGGGAUGGGAGGCCUCGGCAAGACAACUCUAGCUCAGCUUGUCUACAAUGAUGCCAUAUUGGAGUUUGAUUUGAAAGCCUGGGUUUCUGUUGGUGAAGAUUUUGAUGUUUUCAGGGUCACCAAAACAGUUCUUCUUCAAUUGGGAGAUAGUGGUGAUGAUGAAGAUUUGGAUUCACUCCAGGUAAAAUUGAAGCAAAAGUUGCUUAAACAAAAGUUUUUAGUUGUUCUGGAUGACGUCUGGACUGAGAACUAUGAGCAAUGGACUGUGUUUCGGAGUCCUUUUGAAGCAGCGACGCCUCAAAGCAGAAUUAUCGUCACAACUCGCAGUUUGGAGGUUUCAUUGAUGAUGGGUACUACUCCAGCUUAUCCUCUAAAGGAACUAUCGUAUGAUGAGUGCUUCAACGUGUUUGCCCAACAUGCUUUGGGAGCAACUAGUUUUAAGGAGCACUUGGAGCUGAAAGAAAUGGGUGAGGAGAUUGUCAAAAGAUGUGGAGGAUUACCUUUGGCAGCAAAAGCUCUUGGAGGCAUCUUAAGGGGUAAACCAAAUCCUAAUGUGUGGAAGGAAUUGUUGAGCAGUGAGAUAUGGGAAUUACCAAACAACAAAAGCAAUAUUCUUCCAGCUUUAAGGUUGAGCUAUCUUCAUCUUCCACCUCAUUUGAAGCAGUGUUUUGCUUAUUGCGCAAUAUUUCCAAAGAAUUAUGAAGUUGACAAGGAUGAAUUGGCUUUAUUAUGGAUGGCUGAGGGUUUCUUGUAUGACCAGAAGGAAAUGAAGGAUUGUGAAGGUUUGGGUCAUAAAUAUUUUGAUGAUUUAUUAUCAAGAUCAUUUUUUCAACAAUCUAAUGAUAAUAAAUUGAAAUAUAUAAUGCAUGACUUAAUUCAUGAUUUAGCUCGCUUUGUUAGUAGAGGAACAUGUUUGCAUUUGGUUGAUAAGUUGGAGAGUGCAAAAUUAUAUGCAAAGAUUCGACAUUCGUCAUUUAUUCCUCAUGGCCGAAAUACUUUUCAAAGAUUUGAAAGCUUUUAUGGAAUGAAAAGCUUAUGGACAUUUUAUCAUUGA